CAAGCCUCCAUUCGUAUCAUCCAGAGAGACAAGCAGUCAGCGCGCAGACAUAACGAUGCGAUACAAAGAGGACUUGCCGCUCGCUGUUAGGGGCGAUGCAGCAGCGUCCCUUGCAGCGACUGAAGAUGGCUACCGGCAAGAGCAGAGGAGACUCUCUCCUGGACUCUCCAGGCGCACCAGAGCCGAAGUGCGGACCCGUACCAACCAAAGGACACGCAACUACAACCACUCUUCUCCAGUGCCUUAGCACGCCUCUCCCACGCCCCAUCAGCGACCCAGUAUCAGGCACGCAAACUCAACCUUCAUCCGACGCCGUUUGGAGAGAGACGCUCCCUAGACUCAUUGUCUACCCGGACGACUUGGGGCAAGAGUGGAGUACAGCAUACGAGGGAUUCCAAAAGCUGCUCAACGAAGAUGAGGACUCCGCAAAAGAACUUCGACAAAGGCUCACAGAGAAUCCCGAGCCAUACCGCUUCGAAAACAUCGAGCUACAAAACGAAGCUGAUGUGGUCUCCCAGGCGGGCCUCUACCUUGUGUACCCCCUGCGAAUGGCUGCUGAGCUUUUCGAACCAGACAUCACCACGUCUUGUGAAGCGCAGGUCGGUACCAACCUGCGAGUGGAUCUAGCAUGGAGGCGUUCUAACGGAGAUCCCUUUAUGCACACCGAGUUCAAGCGGCAGGGUUACUUGAAAACCGAGAAGAUCUACAGUCUAGCCUCUAAACAACUGAACGGUACAAAAGAUUCAGAGCUAGACCCAGACUCCGAAGAGUUAGACUCCAAAGAGACGGUGUCCGAAAAGACGGAGGUCAAAGAGACGGUGCUCGAAACGACGGAGGUCGAAGAGACGGUGCCCAAAAAGACGGAGGUCAAACGGACGGUGGGUAUGGUGUACAUACUCAAGCAAGUCACGGCAUACGCGAGGCGGCAUGAGCUGAGAUAUUCCUCGUUAUGCGACUACGAUACCCUAGUUCUGUUGGAGUUUAUCAACAACUAUGCCGACGUCCGCAUAACAAUACCCAAGACGGAGGACUUUCGCAAAAGCUUGUUGGGGCUGCUACUUAUGGCUUCACGUGUUGGCAGAAGUGGCCGCUAGGGCACCCGGCAGGAGAAGUGAAGACUAUUGUUCACUGUUGAGGGUUACGUAACGCGCUAGCGCUAGUGUAUGUAUUCUUACAAUCCACAAUGCUACACUCUACUUUGUACUUCAACAACUCGCACAACCUCGUACUAUACAAGCCUCUGGUUCUUCUACUACAACCCCACCACUCACAGAUCAAUUCAAACCCACCACUUACCGAUCAAUUCGACAAUGGGGGAAGUCAAUUCGACAAUGGGGCAAGCCAAGGUUGCAAAA